AUGGAGGUGAGCCCUAACCUCGUACAGUUUAUCAAGUCUCCAGUCAACGUGAUUGAUUUUGUGGCCACUUUGAGCUUUUACACUGACAUACUGCUGCAGAACAGCGUAGCACAUCACAUCGACAAGUCUGAUAUCCUCGAGUUCUUCUCCAUCAUCCGCAUCCUCAGGCUGUUCAAGCUCACCAGACACUCACCCGGACUCAAGAUCCUCAUUCACACCUUCAAAGCGUCCGCUAAGGAGCUGACAUUGCUUGUUUUCUUCCUAGUACUUGGCAUCGUAGUGUUUGCCUCACUAGUUUACUACGCCGAGAAACUACAGGCAAACCCACACAACGACUUCAAGAGUAUCCCCGAGGGAUUGUGGUGGGCGAUCGUCACUAUGACAACCGUGGGUUAUGGAGACAUGGCGCCUAAGACGUACGUAGGCAUGUUCGUGGGCGCCCUUUGUGCGCUGGCCGGAGUACUUACCAUCGCCCUCCCAGUUCCUGUAAUCGUCUCGAACUUCUCCAUGUUCUAUUCGCAUACACAGGAUCUUCGAUGUCUUGGCACUUACGAUUAUAUGGAGUACAAUCAAAGUUCACACGACAUAGUCACCAAGCAGCGUAGAAAGGAGGGGUUGCUAUGGGGCUGUGCAGAUACGUCGACAGCUCUUAGUCUACCGACAAUGACACAGACUCCCUGGAGUACCAAUGGGUUGCUAUGGGGCUGUGCAGAUACGUCGACAGCUCUUAGUAUACCGACAGAUGACACAGACUCCACUGGAGUACCAAUGGGUUGCUAUGGGGCUGUGCAGAUACGUCGACCAGCUCUUAGUAUACCGACAAUGACACAGACUCCCUGGAGUACCAAUGGGUUGCUAUGGGGCUGUGCAGAUACGUCGACAGCUCUUAGUAUACCGACAAUGACACAGACUCCCUGGAGUACCAAUGGGUUGCUAUGGGGCUGUGCAGAUACGUCGACAGCUCUUAGUAUACCGACAAUGACCACAGACUCCCUGGAGUACCAAUGUAAAUGUCAGCAGAUGUGA